AUGCAUGCAUGCAGUUUGCCGAUCUUCAUCACGACGCAGACAGUGGAGGAAAUGUCGGACUGGCUGUACACCCGGUACCACUUGGUGCCUUCGCUUCGACUUUUGGAAAUAGUCAUUGACGAGUUGAGCUUUUUAAACGACAAAGAGGCCUAUGCAGUGGUUCGCAUAGACAGUGUGAACACAGAAGUCAUAAUCCGGCGGCCAGACCCCCUCAGGGACUCGGGGGGCCCCCCCCCGCCUCCCCCGGGGGGCCCCCAGCCCCAGCUCCAGGGCCCGGCCCAGGGGGCCCCUGGUGCUGCGGCCCCGGGGCCCGGCCUGGAGGCCCCCGGGCAAAGCUCCGAGCCCCCGGGGGCCCCCGCAGCAGCAGCGGGGGCCCCCGAUGAGACAGAAGAAAGGCUGAAGUCGCAGCUGCAAAGCCUGACGGAGGGCCGGCUGCUGCCUGCAGUUUCUCCCCCUUCUCAGGAGCCCCUAGUGGUGGCCAGAAGUCCUUUUUUUGGAGCUGAAGUUGUCAAAAAAUUCGACCAACUCACCAAGUCUUAUUUGCGAAGUAUGGUGGCAGGCCAGCUGGCCCGCAAGGCCGUGCUCAUUGUCUACGUCGGAGACCGAAAGGGCGACAUUCCGCGCCCCGUGCCGGGCCCGCAGGAAGUGCUGCGCAAGCUGGAUGUGGCGGAGAAGCUCUGCAGUUCUUUCAGCGCUCCUUCUCAAGAAGUGGCAGCCCUUUGGCGGCAAAUGGAGGCGGAGCUUCCUUUCUACUCUGUCUUUUUCCGGGUGGAGCCCAUGGUGUUCGACACCAUUCCAGUGUCUGUUUCCUUCGAACCCGCCAAGCUGCCCCCAUUGCCGCCUUCGCCGCUUUUCAGGGGCGAGUUCGGAGUGGUGCAGGUGCAGGCGCGCGUGAGCAGGGGCGUCUGGCAGAUCCCCGCAGCGCGGGCGCUGCAGGCCACUGUGGCGUACGUGAACAGCCACCCAGAGAGGGGGGGGGUGCAGGCAGUGGUGGGGAUAGUGGAGGAGAAGGUGACGACGUUUUGGCGGUCUUUUGUGCAGCAGGAGGUGCAGGUGACGCUGCGGACUGCAGACGUGCCCAAGCUGCUGCGCAGGCUGGGCACUUACCCGCACGGCCGCAGGGGGGGCCUCCUCGACCAAGACACGGGGCCCCUCAAAGACACCACUCUCAAGCUUUCGGGCCAAGACGAAGUCCGCCAGUACCUCAGCCAGGCCCUCGCCAAGCUCAUCAUGCCCAGCAUUGGCCCCAAAGCCACCUUCAGGCGACUGCUUCUCCACGUCUGCAUUGCCGGAAAGACCUGCUGA